AUGGUCACCGACUCCCAGCAAAUGACCAUUGUUCCUACCCCCACACCAGUGACGGACUUUUCCCAGAACCCAGUCAACUCUGUCAUUCCAGACCUAAACCUCAGUCCAAUCAUCAACAACAACAACAACUUGACACAAGCAGACACCCUUUCCUCCUCUCUAACUGACACCAGCGCUUCCCUCGAAUCAGAAUCAACCCUCUUCCCCACGACCACCACCCUCCCAGACAACACAAACAACGCAGCCCAACCGACCUCUUCCCCCAUCUCCCCCAGUCCAACUCAACAACCAGCCUCCUCCCUCGAUCUCGGCUCUUUGAUCCAGCCUACCCCCUCACCUCAACCCCGUGGCAACUCCCCUCGCCAGAUCAACCUCGUCAACCUCCCAGCAGACCUCUCCUCCCUCCCCAACAACGACAACCUCGAUUUCACCCACCUCCUGAACCAAUCCCUCCUCCUCCCCUUCGGCAUCACUGCCCCGAAGUUCGGGUCAUCGCUGGGUUUGGUGCUGGCAGACCCAGCAGCUAUUAUUUUGCCAGGGCAAAAGGAAAUAUUUGUCGACACGCUGGCUAGUCUGCAGAGUAACUGCCUUGCUUUGCAGUUGGGCCUGGGGAAUACGGGGCUAGGUCUGGGGGGGGUAAGGUUUGAUGGGCAGCUGUUUGGGAGUUUGGAGGAGUUGAUUCAGGCGGGAGUGGGGGGGUUGGUCGGUGGUGGUGGUGGGUUGAAUCUGGGACAGCCGGUGAUUCCGCCGGGGGUUAUUGCUGCGAAUCCGGAUUUGGCGGAUGAGGGGGGUGUUGAUUUGGUUACGACUGUUACGGAGGAGCUGGGCUCGACUAAGACUGACACGGCUACGUUGACGGAUGUUUUGACGGGUACAACAACCACGGCGGAGGAUGUGGCGACAGGGACGGAUACUGCUACUGUUACGGAUGGGCCGACGGCCACUGAGACGGGUGUUGCUACGUCGACGGAGGGUGAGGUUGAGGAGACUGCUUCUGCUCAGGCUAGGGUCAGCAGGAGGAGGAGGGCAUAG